AUGGGUGUUCCAUUUGAAGCUCUAUUGCCUUAUGGCAUCUGUCUUGCCUUCUUCGGUAUCACCGGUGCCGGUCUCUCAAAGAUCAGAAACAUUCAGAACGGCGGCAAGCGCGCCAGACACUCCAUCGACCAGUGGGACAGACAAAUGAUGGACCGCGACCGUCGCCUGACAGGCUGGCUCAGAGGACAGAGCGACCGCCCCAUUGCCCCCGCUGGCUUCGAAUACAGCAAUGGAUGGAGAGUCGAGAGAAACUUGCACUAG